AUGGCCCUGAAGCAUCGCGAUUAUGUCCUCCUGGGCAUUGGUGCCUUUAUAGCCUGGGGUCUCGCUGUCAAAUGGCUCCCCGUGUUGAGAUUUUUGGGAUAUGCUUUGGUGCUCGGUGCUUUCCUUUCCUCCGCUGUGUUGAUCGCUCUCGUGCUCCUCACCAUCCGCUCUCCCCAUGACGCCGUUGCUUCAACUUCGCCUACGAACCCCCGCGUCGCAUUCCUCGCCCGCCAUCACUGGGAUCAAGAAACGCAGGCAUUCAAAAGCCGCUCAAUCUAUAACCCACAAUCACUCUACCCACAAUCCUUCAUCGUCUCUGAAGGCAUUGACGAGCUCCUAUCCUUCGCCACGCGGGAUUUCAUCGCAUCAUGGUACCAGCAUAUCAGCCCCAACCCCACAUUCGUGAACGAGGUGGAUCACACGAUUCGGACAGCCAUUGGAAACCUGCGCGAUAGACUCCUGGCGGAAGACCUCGUCUCCCUCGUAGUGUCCCGGAUUUUCCCCGUUUUGACAUCCCAUCUGAAGGAAUUUGAGGUUGCUGAGCGCUUGGUCCGGGGAAGGAAUCUCACCAGGAAUGUCACGGAGUCGGAAGAGUUGGAUAUUGCCAUCGCGAGCAAGUAUCGCGAGGGGAACUUGCACCCGGCCGCGAUGCUCUCCCUCUCCGACCAAAAGCUACUGGAACAGGAGUACCUCCGCAAGAUUGCCGUCGGGCUUCUGCCCCAAUUGUUCCCGGAAUCCGUCCUCAAUAGCCGCAUUGUUUCCGUCUUGAUUCGUGAGAUUGUAGCCUGCGCUGUGCUGUUCCCUCUCGUUUCCGUCCUCUCGGACCCGGACACUUGGAAUCAGCUGAUGGAGGCCUAUGGCCGCACCGCGAUUCAGGACCGUAAGACUGUCCGAAAACUUAGGGCAGCCCUGGACGAGCAUGCAUCCCCGGCUCCCCGGUCGAAAAGGGGUCACCCAUUUCCUCGACUGAGCCCUCACGAUUCAGAGCGCGCCUUCGAGCGAUUUGUCCGGGCCAUCCGGCGCUGUAACAAUCUUUCGGACGCCAGACGCUUCAGAGCCCUCGUGGCAAGCCAACUGAAGCGAGAGACCAUGGUGGAAGGACAGGACCAAGUCUACCUUCGACGAUUGGAGACCGGUAAGAGGGUCUUGGACCAAAAAGUAGCUAAGCUUUCUGCCCCCGGAGGCUCCCAGAUGUCGCACGCCUCCGCUGCCGUAUCCCACUUUCGCCGUAAGAAUUCUAUUCCUCAGGAAGCCUCCUUAGUGGAUGUCAUGCAUGAUGCGUCGGGUCUCUCUUACUUCAUGGAGUUUAUGGACCGUCAGCAGCUCAUGUCUCUAGUUCAAUUUUGGAUCGUGGUCGACGGUUUUCGCAACCCUUUGGAGGAUGAUUUCGGAGACGAAAGUUCCCCGACCUCCACAAGCUGGACCCCGGCGGAUCGAAGCGACAUGGCUCUAAUCAGUGAGACGUAUCUCUCGAAACCGGAGCUGAAAGUCACGGAUGAGUCCCGUCGGGUGGUGAAGGCCUUCCUAAGCGCAGGGAAGCGGGCCACCUCGGAGCAGUAUCGAAAAGCUCGGACGGUGAUCUUGAGCACUCAAUCCGCGGUGCUCGAUAAACUUCAGGAAAUCUAUUAUCCGAAGUUCAAGCAGUCAGAUCUCUACUAUAAAUACCUUGCCUCGGAUGAAGCAUCCCAGGCGGGCCCGCAGUCCCCCAAACCGAGCUCCCCGAACAUUGCUGAAGUGCCCGAAAGGCGGCCUUUACCUCCUCUGAUGUCUCGCACCUCAUCACAACCUGGCGCCAGACCCAAAGAUCUGCGACGAGCGGCGGUUUCUUCGAGCGAUGUUCGAAGCAUGGGAAAGCUCUCAAUGGACAUCCCUCGGGCAGAUAGUCGGACAGAGGACCGUAUUAAGCCGAGCAUUGCCUCGCUAGGCCUCGUAGAUCGAUCCUCACGCCAGGGGGUCUUCGAUGACGAUCUCUUCCCUGAACAGCAGAAGUAUAUCGAAGAUGAAUAUGAAGAGCCGAUGGGGACAGAUACAGAUCCGGCCGAUCAAGUUCACGAGGCGGCUCCUGGGGAUCUCGGAUUGACGGAAGCCAUUGAGGCGCUCACCGCAGACAUCGACAAGCUCGGAUCUCAGGAGUCAGUGGUAGACACGCUUACUCGCAAAGCCGAACUCACCAAUAACACCGCGGAGCUGAGGAUUCUGCGCAAAUCUAAAGCGAGCAUCCAACGCGAGAUUCACCGCAAAGAAAUGCAACGGCAGCAGUAUAUCAUCCAAGAAAGUGACAACAGUCUGUAUGGCCGGUCGACCGUCCGCAUCAAGUCCAUUGUAGUUGGAAAGGAGGAAGAUGGUCGAGAGUUCGCUAUGUAUGUGGUCGAAGUGCAACGCAACGCCGGGGAGCAAAUGCCCGCGGCCUCCUGGGCCGUGGCCCGCAGAUACAGCGAAUUCCAUGAAUUACAUCAGAAGCUACGCAUGAGAUACCCAUCCGUCCGCCACCUGGAAUUCCCACGUCGACGUGUCGUUCUCAAGCUCCAGAAAGAAUUUCUCCAGAAGCGACGCCUAGCUUUAGAAGCAUAUCUACAGAAACUCCUUCUACUUCCCGAAGUAUGCCGGAGUCGUGACUUGCGAGCCUUCCUCUCCCAACGAGCCAUUAUCCCCCGCAACGAGAACCAAAGCUCCACCCCCAACGGAGAGACCAAAGACCUAGUCACUCGGAUUUACAACUCCGUCGCCGACGGCAUGGANGACUUCCUGGGCAACUUCGGCGUAUUAGAUCAACUAUCCACAGCCGGACAAAGCCUCAUCUCAGCCGCCACAAACCAACAAUCCACCACAGCAGUAACCCCCGGUGACUCGGGCCUCGCUACCGAGGACGCCGUCACCGCCGCCGAAGCCGAAGCCGAACUAAACGCAUUCGAAGACCGCGAGCUUGAGCCUUUCAUCAAGCCCAUCUGUGAUCUAUUCCUGGAAGCCUUCGAGCUAAACAAGGGAAAUAACUGGCUGCGCGGGCGUGCCGUGGUCGUCGUUCUCCAUCAAUUACUAGGAGGUACGAUCGAGCGCAAAGUUCGCGAAGGGGCACGCUCCCUUGUCCAGGACGACUCGCUUCUGCGCUACAUCACCCUUAUCAAGGAUACCAUGUGGCCGGGCGGUGUGCUUCGCCAAAGCCGAGUCCGCACUGCGUCGGAGCGACUGAAGAGUCGUACUGAAGCCAGUCUGGUCCUGGCCACGCUGAUCCCCGAUCUAGCGGGGAAUGUGGUUGGGCGAGCGAAUGCGCAGGCCGCGGCGCGCAGGAUAUUUGCGACGUUGAAUAAUCGACGGUUGAAUGCGCAUCUCUUCUUUACGAUUCUCGACGAGGUCGUUUUAGUAUUGUUUGGCGCAGGGGACGCGGGGCGAAUGCGUUGA